AUGAAGUUCUCUGCCGUUACCGGAGCUGUCUUCCUCCUGGCCUCCAUGGUCGCUGCCAUGCCCAACGAGCCCGAGAACAGCGUCCAGGACGCCGCAGCCAAGGUUGCUGAGCCUGUCAAGCAUUUGGCCGAGGGACAUCCCGUCCUUGAGAAGCGCAAGAAGGGUGGUAGCCACGGCGGUGGUUCGCGCAACCACACCGAAAACGCCGCUGCCUCCAUCGUCGUCAGCAACGCAGUCAUUGCCGCCGCUCUCGGUGCCACCAUCUUCGUCUAG